ACGUCACGGGGAUACAGGCACCGCCGGGCACCGCGCGCUCCCUCUCCCCGGGCUGGUGGGCUGCAGCCCCGCACUGCGAGCGGCCGCGGGGAGCCAUGCAACGCGCCGGGAUGGCGGGGCGCGGCGCCCUGCCCCUGCCCCUGCCCCUGCCCCUGCUCUGCCUGGCGCUGGCCUCCGCCGCGGGCUCCGCGGCUCCCUUCUCCCCGCCGCUGGGGGACAUCGGCGCCUGCCAGCAGCGCUGCGGCCACCCCCCAGGCGCAGCCCGGGAUGCUGUGCUCAACGCCUGUUACCGAGGAUGCCGGCUGUUCUCCAUCUGUCACUUUGUGGAUGCGAGCGCCGAGCUGAACACAACCAGAGCCGAAUGUGAAUCAGCUUGUAUCGAAGCCUAUGGCAGCGCCGAGGAGCAGUUCGGCUGCACGACUGGAUGCAGGAAGCAGUUGCCCGAGACGCAGAGCCGGAAAGACAAGAGUCUGGAGCUGCAGCCCGUGUCCUUCUCCAUGUUUGACUUGGUCUCCAGCUUUUGCAACGACAUCGUCAGCUCUGCCCAGAGCUUCAUCUCCUCCACCUGGACCUUCUACCUGCAGGCAGACGAUGGCAAAGUGGUGGUGUUCCAGUCCCAGCCGGAGAUCGAGUACCCGGGGCCUGAGGCGCCAGCGCCCAAGUCGGAGCUGAUGGAGAAGUCCUGGCCUGUCUCCAGUCCUAACACCCUGAAGCCCCACACAGGCCCCCAGGAAAAGCUGGAGAAACCCCCCAUGAAAGAGCCAAAGAGCAAAGCCAAGCUCCAGCACCUGGAGACCCAACAACCAGAGCACGACUUCCUGGGCUGCAUGUCCAAGCGCUCAGGCCUUCCUCGCUGGAUCCUGGCAGCCUGCCUCUUCCUCUCCAUCAUGGUGAUGUUGUGGCUGAGCUGUGCCAGCCUAGUGACCGCCCCGGACCAGCACGUCAAGACCCAGCCGCUGAGCAUUAACGGCGAUAAGGAGUACCUGGAGGACCUGGAUGGCUCGGCCCCCUUUUCUCUGCACCCUGUGAUCGCUGUCACCAUCUGCCCAGCGGACGACAACGAGGAGGCGGGGCCGCUGCCAGUCAAGGUGGAUCUGGACAAAACCGUGAUCUAGAGCCCUUCCCCCACCCCCCCAGCCUGUCAUCUCCAUGCCUUAUUUCCUGUGAACAUUUUAAUGCAACCCCCCCCUUUGUUUUGAUCUGCCUUCCCGCUUUCUGCUGUUUUAAACCCCCGCACCGCACUGUGUCUGAAGAUAACCAUCCUGGGCCAUGAGGGAGCCAUCAGCUUCUGGCCCCACCUCCAUCUAUUGUCCUUGUGCGCGGGAGGGGGAAUUGUUUUCCUCCCCCUGUUCACAGUCUCAGCCCCAGCCGGGAGCGGUACUGAGGGGGUUUCUUGUCUUGUGUCGCCGGUGCUCCAGGUGGGAGCUUUAGUGAGAACAACACGGUCUGUGACCUUGGUUGGCUGGAGUCAGAUGACUGGUGGGAGCACUGGGGGGCAGGGAGAGAGUGCGCCCUGCCGUGGGGGCGGGGAGGGAGCGUGGGAGUUGGCGUGGCAGCGCCUGUCUGGAACAGGAGCUGCGUGUGGUGGGGGACCCCUUGGGGUUCACGGCAGAGCCCUCACCUGGCAAGCCUCAGGGUGCUGGUUUUGCAGGAAAUGGAUGGGGCUCCAUGGGGAGAGGAUGUGUCAGUGGGGCGGCUCCAGCUCUCGGUUCACUUUCCCUGGAUGCCGUGCGUUGGAUGUGCCGGGCGGGGGGGGGCCUGAGAGGAGAUUCUGGCCCCGGGCAGGCAGUGAAUAGAUUCAGUCUCAGUAAGUGCAGCAAGGCGCUUACGCUCGGGCAGACCCUGGAUGUGAUGUGUGUUGGGCAGACAACACUACAGAGGAUCGUUUCAGGGGGCAAGGCAAAGAUGCCACAUUUAUUAUGAUAACAAUUUGAUCUACAACCACUAGCUAAUACCUUUAUAUAUAUAUAUAUAUAUGUGUGUGUGUGUGUGUGUAUAUACACACACACACACACACACAUUACCAGUCCUGAACAUAGCGUGAGUCCGUGGCUUGAUUUCGCAGCUUGGGUUCGUAGCUGGUGGCGGUAACUGGCCAGGAAAGCCAGGCACAAGGAAGGGCUGGGUCUGCCCUCCCAUGUUUGCAGCAGAACGUUACCCUCCAAAGUUUUCCAUCUCACCCAUCCUUUUCGUAGGCUUUAGUUUGAAUCCAGAGUCUAUAGGUCUUGCUGUGUCACGCUGCCUAUGGGUUCAGUGUGAUUGAUCACCCGUCAAUUGCAGACGUGACUUUCAGCCUCGGACCUGGCUUUGAUGUUUCUUCUGUUGUACCUUUGUUCUUUUCUUUUUAGGGUGGACUCUGCUUACUUUGUUAGGGCUGUUGUCUGCAUCUUCAGCCGUUGGUGUUUGAACUCUAUUUAAUCAGGACAGGCUGGGGCUGGAGGUUGAUUCCAUCAUCCAUACGUCCCUCAUUCACACAUCUAAACUAAACUAAGAUUACAGCAGGGUUUGCAAAAAUGAAGGUUGCAGCAAGCCCUUACAAAAUGGAGUAAGCGUUUUAAAAUGGAGUUUGAAUUACAAUAUGGCAAACAGUGAACAGAAGUAGACAAGUGUAGUGAAUGGCAAACAGUGAACAGAAGUAGACAAAUGUAGUGAAUGGCAAACAGUGAACAGAAGUUCCAAUACUGAAACGGUGCAAGUCUCAGUGAUUUAAGCAGGAAUUGGAUUGACAGUGAAACUUACAAGGGCAACUGGCUGAACAGCUAUGGCUCUUAACAAGCAUCUUAAUUGUCAAUUAGCCAGUUAUUGGGGUAACCGGUUUUAUGAAUGAAUGUUGUUUCAUUCAUAAAACUUUAUGUAUGAAGUUACAUUAAUAAAGUGAACAAUUAAAAACAAUGUCAUUCAUCAGUUCUACACGCGCUGCCCCCAUGUGAAGGGUUUGCGCUACUCCAGCUCUGCUCUGUCAAUUCAGGUAAAUCCGGCAGGUAGACAAGGCCCCAGGCUGACACCUAAGAGGCAGGGAGUGUCAGUGUUUCCCUGUCCCCGGGCCCAGGCACUCUGUAGGGCCCAGGGCAGGUGUCAGGGAGCUACCAGGACUCUUCUCCUACCACGGACAGGGUUUCUGUCUGGUCCUUGCCAGACCAUGCUCGGUGCAAGGAGAGCUGCUGGCUGCAGCAACCGCGGCCCGGCCAGGAGCCUUGCUCUGAGCCAGAUGCCGAGGAAGUUCCCUCUGGGGCUGCUCUACUAACGGUGGAGAGGGAGGGACCCCGUGGGGAGCUGUUUGGAACCCCCUGCAGCCUGUUCCCAGUGGGGAUGCCGCUGCUGUGGAAGGGCUGGGUGGCAGGCCCUUAUGCCACAGCAUUGGAGCCAACUCAAGCCAUUUCCCAGCUUGGCACCUUGCCCCACCCCUGGCCCCCGAGCACCAACUCCCGUAGAGCAUCAGGGCAAUUCCUGAGGCACACCCCAGGGUGCCUGGACAAGGCCUCCCAAUUCACCCCUUUUGCUGUAACUGCUCUAGAUGGUGAUUGUGCUCCUGUGGCCAGGCGUAGGGCGGGGAGCCUGUCUCACGGACGUUCCCUAUCCCUCGACUUCACGUCUCAUUUCCUUACGGUUUUGUUGUGCUGGCAUGGGCCGCUGUCCCCGGGCACUCUGCAUGGGCACUCGCGCUGAGAACACCCUUCUGCAGCAGAGGGAAAGCCGCUCAUCUGUCCAUUCGCCUGACGCUGUCUGUAUAGAUUAACUUAUUACCUUGGACUCCCUGCCCUCGGGUUUGAAAGCUGUAUCGCUAUUGACCCUUUACUUUGACGCUGCCUCGGUUUCACUGGAUCCUGUAGGUUGUUAUUGCAAAGAGACUCUUUCAUCCUUCCCCCCUUCUGAGUUCUGUAUCGUUCGGUAUCACUUUAAUGUGUGCAACAUAUCUGUUUUUUGGAGAGGGGGGUGGGCAGUUUGGGGAGGGGGGCGGGGAUAUUUUGUGUACGUGCUGGGAUCCAUCCCACUAUUUUUCAUGAUAGCUUUUCGGCAGAUCAGCUCAGUGAGGUGAUGUUUGUGGUGUUGUCCUGGCAGGUGCGUUCGAGCCAGCUGGGCCUCUCUGCCUUUCGAGUCAGCCAUUAACGAUCCGGGAGCGGAAAGCCCCUCGCAGCUGCGGCUCCGAGGGAAGCUGGGUUGAAAUGGGGCGGGGGGACGGGAGAGUUGUCUGGGGAUCCCUGUGUGUCCGGAAUUGUUGGAGAGAGCUGGUUUGUUGUUUUUAUCUAAAAAAAGCUGUGACAGGAGCGCGGAGCGGGCGGGGUGAGGGGGGAGAAAUGGAAAUAAAGGUUUGUAAAAGAACCAG